GCAGUAGAUAUAAAGAAGUCACCUCUCUCCUCUGCUGUGUGCUAUCUGAAGACCAGCUAUUUCAGUGUUCCUCUUUUAUUGCUGCCACUUUGUGCGCUAUCUGCACAGACAACCCGAGAGACUCAUAGGAGCUAGACCAUUGAAGCACACGUGAAAAAAUAAAGCCAGAAGAAAAACGUCAUCAUGUUCCACAGAAAAUUCCUUUUGGGAUUGCUGCUGCUCAAUCUUGCAGCUGUGCUGAUGGCUGCCACCGUGGUAACCACGCGACGCAUUCAACCACGGGAGGCCAACUCCUGCGAGGGCCGACAGUCGGCUGGACCCAUCUGCGAGUCGUGCGAGCUGCUGGCCACCUGUGUCCGCCAUUCGAAUGGCUGGGUAAACAUUCCCGUGGAGUCGUGUGAUGUGGCCAAUGGCUACUACUGCAAUGCCCGGCAAGGCAGCUGCACCAACGACACGGGUCCCUGCCAUCCGUUUGGCAUCGAGGGCAACUUUCAAUGCACCUCGCAGGGCAUCUUUCCCGAUCCCUACGACUGCCAGAAGUAUCACAUGUGCUACUUUGUGGGUGCCACACUGGUGGCCGCUGCCGUUGACUGUGGCAAUGACAAAGCCUUCGAUGCCAGCACAGGGCAGUGCACGCUCACGCUCCAGGAUCCCGUGUGCCUGCAAAGCCAGUUCCAUUGUCCCCAUGCUGGAUACGUGGCUCCAUGGCCCACCAACUCGAACAUCUUCUACGUUUGCAAGUCGACGGUGAAUCAGAAUCUGAACGACACAACCGUCAUCUAUCCCUCGCUACAUCGCUGCAACGAUGGCGAAAUCUUUGUGGAUUUUGUCUGCCGCGCGAGCAGCAAUAUUUUGCCGCAGUUUCCCUCGCAGCCAGAGACGCCCGUGGAUCCCAAUGACAAUGAGUUCUCGGUGAUGCCCAGCACCUGCCAGCAUGUUGGUCUCUUUGGGGACAUGGAUGACUGCCACAAGUAUUACUAUUGCUCGGCCUUGAAUGGUACCCUGCGGCACAUGCAGUGUCCAGAUGGCACCUACUACCGCCCGGAGCAAUCCUCCUGCGUUUUGGGCACAUGCUGAGGUUCCUUUUAUUACAUUUUGUAU